AGUUGAGUUUCGUUUGAUUCCUCUACUUUUCUUUGUUCUUUGAUUACUUUCAGUCCCAUGGUAAGGGUCCACACAAAGAAAUGAGAUGCUCUCCACUAACACAAUGACUCUCAUACCAAGUAAUAGCUUCAGCCAUGUAGGUCCAUCACUUCCCUGAAGGCACUUUCUUUCCUGUAUGACCAACAUAGACCAGUAUUUUAGCACAUCGUAUAAGCAGAAGAGACCUUAGCAUCUGACUUUGCUCUGCUGUUUGCGAUCUCUUCCUUCUUUCAUUUCAUCUCCUUUGAUUUCUGCUACUUCAUCCCAGAAAAUAUGGCUGAGGUUGUAAGCCUACUUCUCUCCCCCUUCCUCCAAGUAUUCUUUGAAAAAGUUGCUUCUCGCGAGUUUGUUGACUUCUUUCGAAGCCGAAAACUUGAUUGUAGACUCUUAAAGAGGCUGGAGAUAGUCUUGUUGUCUGCGAAUGCAGUGCUCAAAGAUGCAGAAGAAAUGCAAUUUACAAAGCCUAUGGUGAAAAAGUGGCUUGACAAGUUGAAAGAUGCCGUCUAUGAUGCAGAAGAUAUCCUGGACGAGAUUCAUACCGAAGUCUUGCGAUGCAAGUUGGAUGCUGAAUUUCAAACUACUGCAACUAAGGUACGAAAAACCAUCUCUACUUUUCUUAAUCCCUUUGCCAGGGAGAUAAAACCAAAGAUAAAAGACGUACUUGAGACAUUGGAUGAUCUAGUAAAACAAAAGGAUGCUAUAGGUUUGAAAGAAAGCGUUGGAGGGAAAUCAUCCGGAAGAUCGUCCACUACUUCUUUGGUUAAAGAAUCUGAUAUUUUUGGUAGGACUGAUGAUAAGGAGGCAAUCAUUAAUUUGUUGUUGUCAGAUAACGUAAAUGAAAAUGGGUCGUGUGUGAUUGCUAUUGUUGGCAUGGGAGGACUUGGGAAAACAACCCUUGCUCAACUUGUUUACAACGAUGACAGGAUGGAGGGGCAUUUUGAUCAUAAAGCUUGGGUUUGUGUUUCCGAUGAUUUUGAUGUGUUAAAGAUGAUGAAAACAAUUUUAGAGAAAUUUGGAUUGUCAAUUAACAGUGAUACAAAAAGUCUAGAUUGGCUUCAAGUUACACUACAGCAGAACCUGACGGGGAAGAGAUUUCUUCUUGUUUUAGAUGAUGUUUGGAAUAAGAAUUAUUCAGAAUGGGAGGCCUUAAGCAAUCCCUUUAAAUCUGGGGCAGAAGGGAGUAGGGUGAUUGUAACCACACGGGAGAGACGUGUUGCAUCAAUCAUGCACUCUACUGCAAUUUACGAUCUAAAGACAUUACAAAACGAUGAUUGCUGGUCACUAUUUUCAAAACACGCGUUUCAUUCUGGUAACUCGAAUGCUCAUCCAGAGUUGGAAGUAAUUGGUAGACAGAUUGUUAAAAGGUGUAAAGGCCUACCUUUAGCAGUCAAGACAAUUGGAGCUCUCUUGUGGUCUGAACUAGACAUCAGGGAGUGGAAUAAGAUAAUGAUGAGCGAAAUAUGGGACUUGCAGAGUGAUAUUAUUCCUGCUUUAAGAUUAAGCUACAAAUAUUUGCCCUUACAUCUAAAGCGUUGCUUUGCUUACUGUUCAAUAUUUCCUAAAGAUUAUAAAUUCAACAAGGAAGAGUUAAUCUUAUUGUGGAUGGCUGAAGGUUUCUUGCCACAAGGGAAAGACAAAACGAUGGAACAAAUUGGUGAUGAUUAUUUCGCUGAUCUUGUAUCAAGAUCAUUGUUCCAACAAUCAAGUAUAACAUAUGAGGAGAGGUUUGGAAUGAAUGAUCUUGUCAAUGACUUAGCAAGAUUUGUGUCAGGACAAUUUACCUUCACACUAGAGGGUGAAGAUUCUUUCGAAAUUGUGCAGGGUGAAGUUUCUCUCGAAAUUGUGAACAAGACACGCCAUUUGUCAUUUCUCACAGAAAGUAGGGGUAAUAUUGAAAUGCCUGGAGCCCUUUACAUGGCCCUUUACGUGGCUAAGGGGUUGCGUACUUGCAUAAGAAUAGAUUCUUACAAUGAUAUAACGAUAGAUAAUGAACUUAUGCAUGAUUUGCUGCCAAUUCUAAGAUUCUUACGAGUUCUUAAUCUAUCUCAUUUUGAAAAUUUGAUCGAAUUGCCUGAUUCAAUUGGCAAAUUGAAACAUCUACGACAUUUGGAUGUUUCUUGGACUUCAAUUACGAAACUACCUAAUUCCAUAUGCAAGUUGUGCAAUUUGCAGACUUUGAAAAUAUCGUCAUGUCUGGAGCUUAUUGUAUUGCCAAGAGAUAUUCAUAAACUCAUUUGUUUUCGUCAUCUUGAUUUUAGUGGUACCUCCAUAAAGGAGAUGCCAGUACAUUUGGGUAGACUAUGUUGUCUUCAGACUUUGACUGAAUUUAUUGUUGGUAAACAAAGUAGAGCGGGCAUAGAAGAGUUGGGGAAUCUUGCAAAUCCUGGGGGAAAGCUCUGUAUUUCGAAUCUCCAAAAUGUUGUAUCUCCUAUACAUGCUUUGGCUGCCAGCUUGAAUGAUAAAAAGUAUCUAGAAGAGUUGAUGUUGAAAUGGAAUGACAAAAAUAAUAUUUCAGAAAGUCAAAGGGCUGUAUUGGACAAUCUCCAACCCCAUGCAAACUUGAAAAGUCUCUCAAUCAUUGGCUAUGGAGGUAGAAGUUUUUCAGACUGGGUCAGACAUCAUUCAUUUUCUAAUAUAGCAUCUCUCUAUCUGUUUAACUGCAAGUAUUGCUCUGUCUUGCCACCACUUGGACAGCUACCUUCUCUGCAGUCCCUUUCUAUUGUUCACUUUGAAGGAAUUGAUGCUGUGGAUCGAGACUUUUAUGGCAAUUGUUCGUCUUCAACGAGACCAUUUGGAGCCUUGAAAGUUUUGAAGGUUAGAGACAUGCCGAUGCUGGAGAAAUGGUUUGCUUUUGGUGCUGAAAAUGAAGGUGGAGCUUUUACUCAUCUUGAAGAGCUUCAGAUUCGUAAUUGCCCCAAGUUAUCAGGAGAGUUGCCAAUCCAUCCUCCUUUAUCUAGACUUGUGAUAGAAAAAUGUCCACUGUUGGUGACUUCACUUUCGAGUGCUGCUACUCUACGUCAACUGAAGCUAAGAAAUUGUAAUGAGGCUCUCUUCAAGCAAUUGCCAACGGGAUUGCAGAAACUCGCAAUUGGAGGAUUUGAUGCGUUGGAGUCCAUACCGGAGAGAUUGAUGGACUUCAACAGUUGUCUUGAGGAAUUAGAAAUUAGUGAUGGCCACUCGCUUAUAUCUCUGUCCAGUGCUGGUCUACCUUCUACAUUAAAAAUCCUUGACAUCAGAUAUUGUAGGAAGUUAGAGCUUCCAAUGCACCGGAUCUAUUCAUCCCUUGAAAGAUUGUCGUCACAUGAUAGUUUUGAUUCUUUAAAGUCCUUUCCAUUAAACUUAUUCCCAAAUUUGACGUCCAUCAAUCUAUCUGGAUGUCUGAAUCUGGAGUCUUUUAAUGUUCCGCAACAACUUGAACUUGAUUUAGUUGCCUUGUCAUCAUUAACAAUACAUGAUUGCCCUAAUUUCAAAUCAUUUCCCAAUGGAGGAUUGCGUGCACCUAAACUUGGGAAGUUUGUUGUCGUCAAUUGUCAGAGUGUGACAUCACUACCUGACAAGAUGCACAUACUCCUUCCGUCUCUUUGGCGGUUGUAUUUAGUGAAUUGUCCAGAAGUUGAGUCAUUCCCUGAAGGAGGCUUGCCUUCCAAACUGAGAAAUAUUUACAUCAUAAACUGUGACAAACUCAUCGCCAAUAGAAGGGGUUGGGGAUUUCAAAAUCUCCCCUCUAUUCAACGCGUUGGUGUCUAUGGCAAUUGUAAAGAUGUGGAGUCCUUUCCGGAGGUGGGGUUGCUUCCUACUAAUUUGGUUUCUCUUGAUAUCGGUAACUUUCCAAAUGUGAAAUCUUUGGACUGUAAGGUCACCUCUCUUGAUGAAUUGGAAAUCGAUUUCUGCCCUCAAUUGAAGUUUAUGCAAGAAGAAGGGUUGCCUGCCUCCAUUUCUACUCUACGGAUCAACGGAUGUGAUUUGUUGGAUAAACAGUUGCAAAGCAGAAAAGCAUGGAGGAAAAUUGAUCACAUCCCCUGCAUUUAUAUUGGUGGUGAACUGAUUUGACCAAACUACAAGUCUAGCAAGAGUCCCCAAUUUCAGUUAUAUCAUCUACAGCACAGAUGGACAACGACAAAGGUUUGUUCCAGUGAUACAUGUUUCUAGACAUGAUCUCCUUUCGGAUGUUCUUCCUUAAUUCCUUAAUUCGAUCAGCUUCCAUUGGC